CCUAAUCUGCAAAACAGAUUCUUCUUCCCAUGAAGAGAAAAAAGUUUCCGGAGAGAGAGAUCCACGAAAACCAGAGCAGGAAGACUAAAAGCUUCUCCAAGUCCCUCUCUCCAGGACAACAUUGGAAAUCUAAAUCAAUGAGGAUUAUUCCUGAAGAGAUAUUGAGAAGCACACCUGAGGGUUUUGAGCAUAGAGUGGUGUUCACUGUUCCUUGGAACAAUUCUUGGCAACUCUGGCUCCAGCGAGACAAGAACUCUCUGUUUAUGAGCAAAGAAGAUUGGGAGGAGUUCGUUGAUGAUAACCUCUUAUGUUCAGAUCAUACAUUGGUCUUUACACACCAAGACACCAUGUAUUUCCAAGUGCAGAUCUUCAAGAAAGAUGGUAAAGAGAUCAUCUCCCCACCUCGUGGGGUUGAACCUGAACCUGAAACAGUUCUUCCUAAGCCUCAGGAGACCUUUGCUAGUGGAAGAGGGAGACAGAGUUUUACUCAUGUUGAAAACCCUGAGAGAUACCUCUUUAACCCCCAAAACCCUUACUUUGAGAAGACGCUAACCAAAAUUAACACUUGCCUGUAUGUGAGUUCUGUGGUGAUUAAGAAAUAUGACUUGGAGUUUGGUCCCCAUAGUUCCCCUAUGUACUUUCUUCUUCCUGAUGGAAACAAGCUGGAGGGCUUCACUAAGAAUUACGGUGGUGUACAUUCUUUCCUUGGCUGGGCAGCUGUAUGUCAAAAGUACAACCUCAAACAAGGAGACACUGUGGUUUGUGAAUUUGAACUCACAGGACGUGUGGUUACUGCUGUUAGAGUGCAUUUCGGCACUGCCUCUGACUCUGCAAGUGGAAGAAAAACUAGUGGAGGGAGACAGAGUUUUGCUCAUCAGGACAACCCUGAGCGAUACCUCUUAAAUCCCCGAAACCCCUACUUUGAGAAGACGCUGACAAAAACUAACGAUGUCCUGUAUGUGAGUCCUGUGGUGAUUGAGAAGUAUAGCUUGGAGUUUGGUCCACAGAGCUCCUCCAUGGACUUCCUUCUCCCUGAUGGAAGCAAACUCGGGGGCUUUACUAAGAGUUACUGUGGUGUACAUGCUUUCCUUGGCUGGGCAGCUGUAUGUCAAAAGUACAACCUCAAAGAAGGAGACACUGUUGUUUGUGAAUUAGAACUCUCAGGACGUGUGGUUACUGCCGUUAGAGUGCAUUUGGUGAAUGAAUGAGUCAGGUUUCUGAACAUAGUUUUUAACAACUUAUUAUUCUUAAUUCUAGAUGUGACCUCCUGUAUGUUGAUUUAACGAAUUUGUAGCAGCAAUAAACGUGAUCUUUAUGUUGGUUUCACAAACUUGCAGUGCAGUUUCUUAUUCUUGC